AUGCCUUCAAUAACGAAAAUGCACAGCGGCGACUUAUUACAAAGUUAUUACUUAUAUUCAGCUGUAUUAGCUUUGAAGCUGCUGGCUCUAAGACCGUUGGCAUCUAUAGUAUGUCACCCGGAGAAAGUGCAGCGAGCCAACAUAAGCGACUUGAAGAAUUUGACUCCGUUCUGGUUGGUGGCUGGACUAUAUAUGACUACAUCUCCUGAUCCUGUUACCGCUUUAACUCUUCUGAGGGCCUUUGUCGUGGCUCGACUGGUUGCAGCUGUUGGCUAUAUAACAAGAAUACCUACAAUGCUGAAGGAAUUAGCAUUUUUCGUUUCAUUUACAAUAACCGCUUACAUGGGUGCGUGUGUCGUUAUAGAAUAUAAAAAUGCAAUUUAA